CCCUCUCCAAGAUGGCCGACUGACGGUUAUUGUAUUAUGUCAGGCGGUGAGAGGUGAAAGGCGGCGGGUGGCUUCUGGGCUUCAGGAAGAUGGCAGAAAGCGAGCGGCAGUCGGAAUCGCCCAAAGAGGCGCUGCCGCCUCUUCAUCAGAACUUUAUGAUCCCCCAAAAGGAGAUCAACAUGGUUCCCGACAUGGCCAAGUGGAAACGCUCUCAGGCUUACGCGGACUACAUAGGCUUCAUCCUCACGCUGAAUGAAGGUGUCAAAGGCAAGAAGCUGACCUGCGAGUACAAAGUCUCUGAGCCAAUAGAAAAGCUGGUAGCUCUCCUGAACACACUCGACAGGUGGAUUGACGAGACCCCGCCAGUGGACCAACCAUCUCGUUUUGGGAACAAGGCCUUCCGGACUUGGUAUGCCAGACUAGACCAGGGAGCAGAAAACCUGGUAGCCACAGUGAUCCCCAAACAGCUGGCAGAAGCAGUGCCCGAGGUGGCCGUCUACCUAAAGGAAGCCGUGGGUAACUCCACCCGCAUUGACUACGGCACAGGUCACGAAGCUGCCUUUGCUGCCUUCCUAUGUUGCCUCUGCAAAAUUGGUGUUCUCCGGGUAGAUGACCAGUUGGCCAUUGUCUUCAAUGUGUUCAACAGGUAUUUGGAAGUUAUGCGGAAACUCCAAAAAACCUACAGAAUGGAACCAGCUGGCAGUCAAGGAGUCUGGGGUCUGGAUGACUUCCAAUUCCUACCCUUCAUCUGGGGCAGCUCACAACUGAUAGAUCACCCAAACCUGGAGCCUCGGCAUUUCGUUGAUGAAAAGGUGGUGAACGAAAACCACAAGGACUACAUGUUUCUGGAGUGUAUCCUGUUUAUCACAGAGAUGAAGACCGGCCCAUUCGCGGAACACUCCAACCAGCUGUGGAACAUCAGUGCGGUCCCUUCCUGGUCCAAAGUUAACCAGGGCCUCAUCCGUAUGUAUAAAGCAGAGUGCCUGGAGAAAUUUCCUGUCAUCCAACACUUCAAGUUUGGCAGCCUGCUUCCCAUCCAGCCUGUCACAUCUUAAGGAGGUCAUUUUUGGGGCGAGGUGCUGGAGAAAGCGGGGCGUAGUCUGCUGUCCUCUUCCCCCUUACCUCCCACCACCACCUCUACGCAGCCCAUUCAUUCAUGUGGGUUAUUUUGUGUUCGCAGACGGGGCAGAGCAAGGGGGGAAGAAGCACUUGAGAAUCUUGCAUGGAAGGAGGGGGACCCCGUUAAAAUGCGAGAGCUUGAAGUGACUUUGGACGGUGACAAUCCGGCGCUGUGUUCCUCGCUGCACCUCUGUACCGAACCCUCCUUUGCCCCCAGCACGUUCAGCCUCUCGCCGCUCAUAUUUUAUUUUUGAAGGCCUGCUGGGAAAUCCAAGUGCUUUAACUGAGGGGCGAGGCUUGUAGCACUGAGACUGUCUAGGGUGUGUGUGGCUUUUGUCUUUAUUUUUCUUGAAUCUACUGGAAGGAUGGACUCGAGGUGCAGGGCUGAGAAGAUGGUCUGGGUGUAUUGCAGACGGUUAAGGGCCAACCAAGUUGUUCUGCGGUGGAGGGUGUUGGAAACCACCUCCUUGCUUGAAGCUUCUUUCUUUUGACUUAUUGGAAGGGGUGGAAUCAAAGCCUACGUAUGGUAGGUUUCCUGUUGCUGGGGUCAGGGGUGGGGGCUCAGGCUAGUGGAGAGAGUCCAGCUAGAAACUCAAGUGCAAGAGGCCAGAGAGUUGGGGCCAUGAAAGCAAAGCUGUCUUCCUGUCUGCUGUCUUUGUGUGCACACUAGACGAGGCCUGCAACUUGCCUUUGAAAAUGUCCCAAGGGUUGGUGGGGACCAAUGGAGUUCCCCAUGCAGUGACAUCAGUUGCACAAGGACUGUGUCGGAGCAGAGUCUUCUUAUUCCUCCCCCUCCCCCCCCCCCCGCAGUUCAUGUCUACUCAAUCCUCCCACUUCAUCUCAGCCAGGAUCAGAGCAGAACGUGUGGCCCCCUCCCCGUCCUUCUCCUGGUCUCUGAAAACUUCACCCUUUCUGUCUUGGCGCAUAUCAACCUCAGGGAAGAGUUGAAGAUUGCUGAAAUGUUCAGAACGGCUGCUAUUACUUGUUCAGAGAUUUUGGGCAACAUUCCCACUUUUUAAAAAAGCCCAUUACCUCCCCCCCCCCGCCAACCGCAAUAACCAAACCAUUUGUAGAGGUGGUUAUCCUCUUUUGCAAACCAGAAGAGCCAACUAAGCUGUCUGACUUUCUGGCCUGCCUCCUACCGGUUGAGCUCUUGUGCAUGCCUGCAACCCAUGUUUGAACCAAUAUUCAGCCCGCCAUGCCUCUCUGCCUGUAAGGGAUCAGGACCACAAAUAAAAAGGCCCUCACUUCUCUGCCUAUAUUACAGUUCUCAGUAGGCUUUCAUAGAAGCUUUGAGACGCAGCCCCAGGUUUAAAAUGGAUUUCAGAUGUGUUAGCUGAACAAGGACUUCCUGAGCAGCCGAUUGCAAACUUCAGGCGCCACCUGCCAUUGCUUGGUUUUUUUUCCAGACCGCAUGUGACAGUCCACCAAGGCAUUGAUGAGCUCUGGGGGUUUGCAGCCUGCAAAAGCACAGGAUGCAUGGGGCACACCUUGCAGGCGUGGCUGAUGGCUUGUAAAUUAUCCAGGCUGCUUUUAAAGGACCUAGUCCUCUGGGAAGUAACCCUUAAUAAAAAUUCUUAAGUCCCAUACUCAGAUCCCGUGGAGCGUGUGGGCCCCACAACCAUGCACGGUUUGGACAAAUCUGCAUUCCCCCCCCCCACUUAUAUUUAAAAUAACAUCAGAACCCUCUAAUUCCUGGCAGUAAACAGCACAAAGGGAUGGCCAGAAGAUUGCUAAGGUGGCCGUGAAGUCAAAUCGCUUUGCUUGAGUUUGCCUAAGCCUCUCCUGAUUCUAAGCUUGAUAGAAAUUCAUACUGUCAUUUUUAUCCUCUGGUUUGGGCAUUUCUUUGUGCCCUUGCCCCAUUCCGGUUUUGCCCAUGCUUGGAGGAGCGAACACAUUGCAUCCCAAGGAAAUUGAGCAGGGGUUGACUGGAUCUCCACCCACUCCGUUUGCACACGCAGGGGAAUAAGGCGGCUUGCACCGCUUGAGACUGCAGUUGGCGGUUUCUGGCUUUGACGGUCUCAUCCAUAUAAACAUCUCCGUACAAAGAGAAAGCUAGCACAGCAAGUCUACCCCUUCUCUUUACUUGCUGUGCCGAUUUUCUAUUUACAGGGAAUUUUUUCCCCAGAGGGGAGCGUUCCAAAAUGAGGACCCCCACCUGCUUUCCGAAGCAGAGCAGUGUGUUCUGACACCCCAGGUCUCUGCCACCUCAUUGCUUUGCCGGCUCCAGGGGUAGGGGGAAUAAGUCUCUUGACCGCUCAGAAUUUGGUUCCUUAGCUCCUGUGCACAUACACUGCAACUGCCUUCCUCCUCCACCUCCAUAUGUUAAAUGUAUCAACCGGCCUGUGUUCCAAAUCUUGUGUUUAAACAUGACUCAAAAUAAAAUGAAAAGAGUUAAGA